AUGUUCGACAUCUUUAUUGGCUCGAACAUCUCCGAAUCAAAUCGGCCAAAGCUCGAUACGUCCCCAUCAGCCGAUGAACGCCGACAACGCACAAUCCAUUCACUGACGUUGAAGGCACCCGCCUCAGUCCCGAUACGCAUGUCGACCACCAGCUACCAGAUCGAGGACGGCUUCGUGUCCACGUCGGCCGGCAGCUCCGUGCUCAAGGCCACACUGGCUGUGGAUGUGCUGGAUGAGAGCGCGAGCGACACUUCCACGGCGUCGCUGGUUCCCACGCCGCAGCACAAGCUGCGAGCUGCUCACUCGGAACUUAGCAGCCGCCUCUUCCCGCGUACCGAACGCUUCUGCUCAGGCGCUGAAGCUGUGCUCCGCGUGGCCAGCCAUGUGAGCGCCAACGUUUUUGAGUACCCAUUACUGCCGACGGCCGACGGCGCGCAAACACAGGAGAUCAAGCGCAAAGCCCGCGCACGAGUAGUCUCGCUCGAGAUUCGUCCGGGAGCAGCGGAUGCUGUGCGUGGCGCGCUGGCUGUGGGUGCGUCCUCGGCCGCGCUCAUCCCGUCGCAGACAUUGCCGAUGUUCUUGCCCAGCCUCUUCCAGCUGGCACAGAACGCCGCGACGUCGGCGCCCGCCGUUUUUCAUGUGGCGUGCGAGGCAAUUCGCCGUGACAUGGCUGUCGCCAGCUCGUACGAGCCACUGUACGCGUUACAACACUCAGGUGCAUUGUUGCUUAACUCGGCUUCACCUCAGGAAUGCCAUGAUUUGGCAGUCGUGGCUCACGUGGCCGCCCAGCGCCUCCGAAAGCUGUUGAUUCACUUCUACGAUGGGGCGCGUGUCGCUCGUGAGAUGGCCAAGGUAGAGACGCUGACGGAGGAGUCGCUCGAGACUCUCGCUGCGCUCCACUCGACGGCACAAAUUGGAGAUGUUGUGGAGCAGGUGCAGAAAGUAAUGGACGACCUGUUUCACGUACUGCAACAUCAGUACCGUGUGUACGAGUACUUUGGUGCCGAGGAUGCUGAGUUUGUUGUGGUGGUUGUUGGUGAGGCUGCUGCAGCACUGAAACAAGCCGCGGCGUACGAGCAAAUGCUUGGUACCAAGGUCGGCGUUGUGCAGGUCCGUCUGCUACUUCCGUGGUCGCACAGAAUGUUUGCGCAGGCGCUUCCGACCACAAUUAAACGUGUGGUUGCUCUGGAGAAUGUGGCGCCAAGUGCGUUGACUUUCCAGCGUGGUCUGCUCACUCAGAAUAUGCAGGUGUUCUUCCAAUCGACGUACUGGCAGCCGGUUGUGGAAGCUGCCCCCGUCGUGGUAACUGGCGUGUACGGCGGUGUAUUCCGCAACUCCACAUUCUCAGUGGGUACGGGGCGUGCUGUUCUGCGUCACUUGGCGACGGCCUCUUCUCGCCGCGCCUUCGUUGUGGCUAAGAGUGAGAAACUGUACGAUGCUGCUCUGGUGAACGCACCAUCGGAGAGCAGCCAAGCAACGAAGUUUGACGUGGUGUAUGGUGAGUCGCUGGAGCUUGAGGGCUCGGCCGCUUACACGAAGCAAUUUCUCUUUUACGGCUUCGACGAUGUGGAAUCGGACACUGCGCGUGCCGGUACCGAGACUAACAAGCUGUUUGAGUCGACUGUGGACCUGUUGAACAAGAACCCGGCCACGCGAGUGAAUGCUGUGGUGACUCACAGUGCCGGCGAGGAGGCUGCAGAGCGUCCCGUGUCGACACUGGAGGUGCGUAUCGCUCUAGACGGUGGCAAUGGACCAGUGACGUCGGAACCUGUUGAACAAGCGGACGUGGUGGUGGUGAACCGCCCUGAACUGCUCGCUCACUACGAUGUAGCUCGCAGUGUAAAGCAGGGCGGCAAACUGUUGGUACUUACUGGUUGGAAGACUGCAGACGACGUGGAUGAGCGUGCGGCGUUCAAGCAGCAAGUGGCAUCUCGUGACAUUCAGGUUCUGGUAGUUGACACCAACGAGCUGGCCACUCGCGUUGAGGACGACGCUGUGGCUGCUGUCGGUCUCCAGACUGCCUUCUUCAAGGCGUCGGGACUGUACGACGAGAGUGUUGUGCUCGCUCUGCUUCAGGCUCAGUUUCCCGAAGAGAAGCACACGACUUUGCGUUCGUUCGUGUCGGCUGUAUGGGGUGAUGUGUUGACUCUUACAUAUUCGUCGAAGGAGUGGUUGAUUGCCACGGAUGUGGAUGAGGAGGCUGCUGCUGCUAAGCCGUUGACGGAGUUUACGAACGUAGCAACUAGCAAGGUUCCAUUCGCAAGCAGUGCCGAAUCUGCUACGUCCUCGAAGACCAACGGCAAGCGCCGCUCGUUCGGGGAAGUGUCUCGCGAGACAAAGGCGGCAUGGCAGCUCAUGUUCCCGAACGCGUGGGAGGCUCACCAUGGUAUGCGCGACCACGUGACGGAUCUGGUGACCGUGACAAAGUGGGAGCGCCUGACACCGGAGGACUACUCUCGCAACGUGUUCCACGUUGAGAUGGACACAACGAACACGGCAAUCAAGUACCGUAUCGGUGAAGCUCUAGCAGUGUUUGCGCACAACGACGAGAAAGAGGUUGUCAAGUUCCUACAGACGUACAACGUGGACCCGGAAGCGCUGGCCGCGUUGCCAGUGACACACAAGAAGAAGAAAAACGAGGCUGCGACGGGUCCGAAUGAGGAAACGUUGACGUACUUCCAGCUCUUCUCGCACGUGUUGGACAUCUUUGGCCGUCCGUCGAAGAAGUUUUACCAGGCUUUGUUGGAACGCGCUACGGACGAGAAGGAGAAGACGACGUUGGCGGCUCUGCUGGACGCGGAUGGCAAGGACGAGUACAAGCGUCGUGUGGACGAAACGGUGACGUUCGCCGAGCUGUUAGAGGAGUUUCCGUCGGCACGCCCGAUGCUAGCGGACUUGCUGACGUUGGUGCCGCGUAUCAAGCCGCGUCACUACUCGAUCGCCUCUAGCAUGAAGAUGAACCCGACGAGCGUGCACCUGUUGAUCGUGGUGCACGACUGGACCACGCCGGGCGGCAAGUACUGCAUCGGCCAGGCCACGCGCUUCCUGGCAGGUGUGAAGGUUGGACAGAAGCUCUCGGUGUCUGUGUGCUCGUCGGUAAUGAAGUUGCCUGCGAACCCGCAGGACCCGAUCGUGAUGGCGGGUCUGGGUACGGGUAUGGCUCCGUUCCGUGCGUUCAUCCAGGAGCGUGCGUUCCUGCGCUCACAGGGCGUCAAAGUCGGUCCAGUGGCGCUGUACUUUGGCAGUCGUCACAAGGCCAAGGAGUAUCUGUAUGGCGACGAACUGGACGCGUUCGAGGCAGACGGUCUGGUAACGUACCUUCGCUGCGCAUUCUCGCGUGACCAGGAGCACAAGGUGUACAUCCAGGAUAAAAUCGCCGAGGACAAGGAGAUUCUGGCAGACUUGCUGUUGCGCCAGAACGGUCACUUCUACCUGUGUGGUCCGACGUGGCCUGUGGCGGAUGUACGUGAAGCGUUGGUGAGCUCGUUCACUCAAGUUGGUGGACUGGACUGUCGUCAGGCGAACGCGACGAUCGAACGCAUGCGCGAGGAAGGCCGCUACGUGCUGGAAGUGUAUUAAGCGGUGAGAAGCUGACUCCAAACGUUUGAUGUCAAUCAAUCCUUUUUUCAUUUGCUA